GUAUGGUUUGUUACAAGAUCCUCAAACACAACAACUAGCUUAUGAGUACUACAGCAAAGCUAAAGAAAAUCGAGAAUUUAGACCAGAAAAACCAACUCUAAAGCUUCUCAUCAGAUUAUGGAAGCUUAUAACAAAAUUGGUGAUACAGAGAAAGUAGUUAGCUUGUUUCAUGAAUUUGAAGGUAGAAAAUUAGAUGCAACACCAUUUUUUACCAACAUUUAUAGACUUGUAUGCGAUUCGUUAGGGAAAUGUGGUCGUGCUUUUGAAGCUCUUAAAAUCUUCAGAGAUAUGACAAGGAAAGGUAUUUCUGAGGACUCUUGUAUAUACGCUUCUUUGAUAUGUUCUUUUGCAAGCAUUCGAGAAGUGAAGAUAGCGGAAGAGCUAUUCAAAGAAGCAGAAGAGAAGAGAGUGUUGAGGGAUCCAGAAGUGUUUUUAAAGGUUGUAUUGAUGUAUGUUGAACAAGGUUCAAUGGAAAAGACUCUUGACAUUGUUGUGUCAAUGAAGAAAGCAAAAUUGAAGGUUUCUGAUUGUAUAUUAUGUGCAAUUGUGAAUGGCUUCUGUAAAAAAAGAGGAUAUUGGGCUGCCAUUAAGGUUUAUGAACAACUCAUCUCACAAGGGUGCAGUCCAGGGCAAGUGACAUAUGCUUCAAUCAUAAAUGCAUAUUGCCGAAUUGGGUUGUAUUCAAAAGCAGAAAUGGUGUUCUCAGAAAUGCAAGAAAAGGGUUUUGAUAAAUGUGUUGUUGCAUAUUCAAGCAUAGUAGCAAUGUAUGGGAAAACAGGAAGAAUAAGAGAUGCAAUGAGGCUUGUAGCCAAAAUGAAAGCAAAGGGUUGUGAGCCAAAUGUGUGGAUAUACAAUUCUCUAAUGGACAUGCAUGGAAGGGCUAAGAAUUUGAGGCAAGUGGAGAAAUUAUGGAAGGAAAUGAAGAGAAGAAAAGUUGCAGCUGAUAAGGUGAGUUACACAAGUGUGAUAAGUGCAUACAAUAAGGCAAGAGAAUUUGAGAAAUGUGUGAAUUUUUACAAUGAGUAUAGGAUGAAUGGUGGGGUGAUUGAUAGGGCAAUGGGUGGGAUAAUGGUUGGUGUUUUCUCUAAACUCAGUAGGAUUGAAGAAUUGGUGAAACUUUUAAGGGAUAUGAAAUCUGAAGGAACAAGACUUGACGAGAGGCUUUACCAUUCAGCUUUGAAUGCUUUGAGGGAUGCUGGACUUCAAAUGCAAGUCCAAUGGCUGCAACAAAACUUUGAGGGGACUUAGCUACCCUAC